AAUCUGAAGAUGGUUGCUAAAUUUGAUACUUUUCUUUUCUAGUUUGAUCUCUACUGUGCAUUUGACACUGUGUAUCAACUUCAAAUUUGCUAUCUGUGGACAUGAUAUAUGUUCAGUGAUGAAGAACAUUUCGCGAUCAAGAAAAUGCAUGUGUUUUCCACAGUGGAUGGCUUUGUAGAGAUAACCGAGUCAUUGAUGGACAUGAUAAAGUUCAUUGCAAACGAGCCCUCAGCGGGGCUUUUCUAUGUUCAACAGCAUACCCACACUGCAGUGCCAAACCUCAUCAAUCUCACUAGCAAAAUUGAGGGAAAAUCUCGUGAAGUGACUUUGCACACAGCAGAUUCAGAGGAUUCUAUCGUCAUGGUCAGGUCAAUGAAAGAGUGUGGAUUCUCAAUUGCUAACGAAAUGAUGAAAAAUCUCAGACAUUCUCUAUCUGUUGUGUCUGAGAAGCAGCUGAGAAAUGGAUCUAUAAGAAGACCAAGUUCAAGUUUUCGUAUAGGAAGAACUAUCUCGUGGAAUCCUGCUACUUGGGGUCGAAAAACAGGUCCAGAACAAGAUGUUGAGAGGAAUGAUGAUUAUAUUUCAAAUGUUUUCAAGUCAGCAAAAGAAAAAGCUAGUAGCUUCAAAUGGCCUCAGAUGGAUUCCAUAGAAUCUAAACCAUCCAAGAAUGAUGAGCCAUCUGUGACCUGUUCUAAUGAUGACACGACGUUAGCAGCAGAUGACAGCUCUUGCACCAGAGGUCAACAACGAUGAAACGUUGCUGUUCUCAAGCCAAACUGAUGAUGUUCUACAAGACGUGUGUGUGUAGGUAAAUGAAACCAUGUCCCAUGAUCGAAUUUUGUCUUGAGAAGCAAGCUUGAUGUAUCUUUGAACUUGAAACAAUUCUUUUUGUUUGGACGCGAUUUUACAUGUACCAUGUUUGAUGGAUCUUUGUACUAGAACAUGAAACGUAGAAACGAGAGAUUAUCAUACGUGUUCAAAGGAGAAGG